AUGACCGCACCGCCCUUCAAGGUCAAGUCGGUAUACGAAUACACUAGCGAGCAUGAAGACGACUUGAACUUCCCCACGGGACAGAUCAUUACGGUGACGGAGCUGGAGGGAGACGAUUGGUAUGUUGGGGAGUACACGGAUGCCACGGGUGGCAAACAUGAAGGCCUCUUCCCUUCGAAUUUCGUGGAGAAGUACGAGCCAGAAGUGCCGACAAGGCCAACAAGACCUACCAGGCCGAAACAGGAGGCUCAGCAGCCGGCGGCAGCAGCCCAGCCUGCUCCGAGUAUUGUGAAUGAGACUGCUGAGAAUGAGGCACCCCCGGCCUCUGCAGCUACCAAGCCAUCUGCACCUCCAAUCGAAGUGCCCGCGGCCUCUAGCACAACAGAGGAGGUCAGAUCUCCACCUUCAGCAAGCAGUCAGACUGCUCCCGCGACAUCAAUGGAAAAGGCGCCGGCACCCAAACCAGCACCAGCAGAGCCUGCCGAAGGAGCCAAGAAGGCGCCGCCGCCAGUCGCCGCCAAGUCAAAUGCCUUCAAGGACAGAAUCGCGGCCUUCAACCAGCCAGCAGCUGCACCUUUGGCUCCCAUGCAACCUGGUGGUAAAUCAGCUCCCUCUGGCGGCUUUAUCAAGAAGCCAUUCGUUGCGCCACCACCCAGCAAGAGUGCAUACGUGCCACCACCUAAGGUCGACCCUGUUCAGAAGCCUUACGUUAGAGAUGAAGAUCCAGAGAUCAGACAGCGACAGGAGGAGGAUCGCGCUGCGGCAGAAGCUGCAGGACUGGCCAAUGAGGCCUCCGCAGCUGCACCCGACGAAGAAGAGGAAGAUGCGCCCAAACCAAUGACGUUGAAAGAGCGUAUGGCACUGCUGCAGAAGCAGCAGCAAGAGCAAGCUCAGAGGAGAGCAGAUACUGCGCAGAAGAAGGAGAAGAAGGUACCACAAAAGCAAGCUUCGGAGUCUUCUGACCAGCCAGCUGCACCAGAGGCGGAGACAGAGUCGCUUGAGAGAGUCAGAAGCGAUACAACAGAACGAGCAUCAAUUGAUGCGCCUCGAGAGCAGCGCCGAGUGCCCUCUACUCAGCGACGUCCGACAGAGCCGAUGUCACCGGUGCCAACGCCAGCCGAGCAUGAAAUCCUCAGCGAUGGGCAUGAAGCAGACCAGAGUGGAGCUGGUGACUUGACUGAGGACGACACUGGCACUCUUGGACCUGAUGACAACGACGAACGCCAGGCCGAGCCUAUGCGCCAUCCUACCGCACCGAAGGUGGAGCCUGACGUUGGCGAUGAGGAGGACACGACUGAGGGUGAUGAGGGAGAGGAAGAAGAGGAGAUGGACGACGAAACCAGGCGCAAGCAAGAGCUUCGGGCACGUAUGGCACGUCUUGGAGGCGGCAUGCCAGGCAUGGGCCAACCUUUCAACCCGUUUGGAGCACCACCUCCGGCACCAGCGCGGAAAAAGCAGCCUUCUAGAGACCAACAAGCAAGCGAAGACGCGCCAUCUCCAGCUUCGCAGCAAAGAGCUCCCAUGGUGCCAGUACCUGGCAUGCAGCGAGUGCAAAGUCCGGAGUCUGAUGUGACCGAAAAAGUGCCAUUGAGAGACGAGGAAGUCGAGGGCGUAGAGGAGGAGGAUGCAGCGCCGCAACCGCCAAGUCGAACGUCGACGGCGGAACGAGGUGCUCCUCCGCCAGUGCCAAAAGACACUCGACCUGUGCCUCCACCUCACCAAGAACGUGCAGUCCCGCCACCUCCGCCGCGAGCUCCAGCAACAGAGUCUCGCCCAGUUCCUCCUCCGCCGCCCCCCAGUGGUGCGCCACUUUCGCCUGGCCCAGGUUCGGAAUCUGAUGAUGAGAUGUCGAGUCAUGCUAAGAGCACUUCGGCAGAUGCCUCAGGUAUCGAAACGCCUUUGCCCGUACGAAGCCGUGCACCACCAGUGCCCUCUGGCCGCGAUGUGCCGCCUCGUCCGCCUCAGUCGCCAGAUGCGAAACGUGUAUCUCAACAUGACAGCAGCGAGCCUCCUUCAGCAUCAUCCGACAAGCGGUCCAGUCGCGUCCCUCCUCCUGUGCCUACCGGCAGCGCCCCGACGUCUCCUAGACCGCCUCCACCUCCACCACCCACGCAAAUGCCCUCUUCGAUGGACAUACAUGAAGACGAGCGUGUUGGCUCUGACUACGACGGCGACUACGAUACCGAUAUAGCAUCAGGCGCUAAGCACAAGGAUGCUCUGAAGGCUCCACACAAUCGCGAGUCUAGUUUGACCGACAAUUCCACUGCUGACGAGCUGUCUCUUGGAUCGCCUGCCGCACCUCCUCCAGCACCAGCUCCACGAGCAGUUCCGCCGCCGCCGCCGGAAGCAGCGCCCAAAACAAGGCAGUCUAUUGAUCGACCACCUCCGCCAAUCCCAUCGCGAGAUGCUGCUCAAGAUGAUCCUGAAUACGAUCCAUACCGAUACAAUGGUGGCGGGCGGGGCGUCCCUCCUGUGCCGAGCGGUGUUCCUGCCGCUGCCCCUCCACCGCCUCCGCAAGAGGCUGAAGAAAGCUCAGACGACGAGACAUAUGCACCGCCAUCACCUCCUGCACGAAAGUCCACAGACCGUGCGCCGCCUCCUGCACCGCAAGAGCGGGUUGUACCUCCACCGCCUUUGCAAGAGCGUGCUGUACCUCCGCCUCCAUCGCAAGCCCCUCCAAAUACUCUGGCACCUAGCCGGACAUCGACGGAUAUCCAUAGGUCUCAGACGACCUCCCGGAGGUCGAUGGAUCAGGCUCGUCCUAGCGGUGAACACGGUCAGAUUGCGAACGAGCUGAAUCUCUCCACCGACACACCUUGGUGGACCUCCGAUCAGCCAUUGCCGCCUUCUCUUCAAGGUCGCAACGGUGUCGACGUACUGUUCGAGUGCGAAGAGACCUCCAAGUCGAAGCGUGGUGGACGCAAAGAGAUCACAAAGGACAUCUACAUCCUGUACAUGGACUACAGCCAAACCGUGAUCUCAGCACGCUACGACUCACAGGACCCUGCAGACGUCCACUUCGAGCAGCGACAUGAGCCUCCAGCUCCUAAACUGCGACAAGACCAACUCGAGUCAGCAUGGCAGCGCUUCGGAACCAAGAUCGCAGACGCCGCGAGCCAAGUCGGCCACAGCAAGAAAGACGCCCACGUCGGCGACGGCACGCCGCAAAGCCUCCCCUUCGAGCUGAUCAAGGCGCAAGGCGACGCUCUCCUACCCGUCGGCACUCGCGCGUACGGCGCUCUCGUCUACGCCAACCUCGCCAACGCAUCGACGAUGCAGUUCGACGAGAUCCGACGCGGAGACAUCGUCACCGUCCGCAACGCCAGGUUCGAGGGCCAUCACGGCGCGAUGAAGACGAAGUACAAGACUGACUAUGGACCGAGUCACGUCGCUGUCGUGGAAGAGUGGGAUGGGACACGGCGAUCUGUGCGUGUGUGGGAGCAGGGCAGGGAGAAGAAAGGGGGCGUACGGAGUGAGAAGUUUCGGCUCGGCGAUUUGAGGAGUGGAGAGGUCAGGGUUUGGAGGGUUGUUGGGAGGGAUUGGGUGGGUUGGGAGUCGUAG